GUAUUCCCCGUGUCGCUGAUGAAGUACUCGAAAGCUCAGCAUCAGGUCGCUGGCCACGACGGUGCUUUGGUCGAUGAUACCGGUAUGGUAUUCAUCAAGCCGAGCACUGAACAAGAGAUCCAAUUCUAUACCCAGAUCCAAGCUAUGGAGUCCUCUGCUGGUGACGACGACAACGAAGAGGCCCUCUAUCUCACUGACUUCUUGCCUGCGUUCAUGGGCACCCUACAGCAUGGGAUAUCCGAACAGGUUGAACAGAGCCAGCAGGUUACAGACGAGCUGCGCCAAAUGCAUACGAGCCAAUCUCAAUCCCAAACGGCUAGUGAUAUUGAUCCUUCGAUUCCAUAUCUGGUCUUGGAAAACCUGCUAUACCCGUACAAGCACCCCUCGAUCAUUGAUAUCAAGCUUGGCUCGGUGCUACACGACGAGAAUUCCUCAAAUGAAAAGAGAGAACGGCUACAGAGGGUUAGUGAAGAGACAACAUCUGGCUCUCUGCACUAUAG